CGACAUAGAAACAUGUAUCAGCCUUUGUAUCUCGUUCUAGCAGGCUGUAUAACCCUCCAAAGAAAAAUGCACUAACUAGUGACACAACGACAUUAAGAAAUACCACUUCGGUAUACUAGGUUAGCUACUUUACUCUCUAGCAUAUGGCAUUAUGUCAAACAGCACAAGACAGCAACUACCCAGCAAUGGUAAAGGGGCUUGUGCUCCUCAACCACCAUUAAACUGGAAACCUCACCAGCCGGCCAUACCUCCCGUCCCUAAUGACAGAAGGCAUGCUGCCCUUCAAGGUGGUCCUAAGAUGGCGCUCCCGGCACAGAGUUGGAGGAAUGUCAACCAAGCUAUCGAAAAGACAGUAGAUAUAGUCUUGAGUAAAAAGAUGGCCCUGAAAGGCUUUGGACCUGACUGCUGGGAAAUGGACGAAGGUUUUGGAGUGGCCCUCGUGGCGGAAAUAAGACGAGAAAUCAAAGAGGAUUGCACAUUAGAUAACCCCAAGCUCCAGAAGAAGCUAAAGGAAGUGGCUCGUGAUGUAACAGCAAAGGAAUUCCGGUUUCCGCUCAAGGGUGGUGGGGUCUGGUUUUGGUUCAAAAGUGAGUUUACUUUCAUCCCCCCCUAUAACUAGUCUUGAGAGACAGGAUUUUCACCAAGGCCCAUCUCCAAAAUAAGGCAGUCAUUGACAUACUACUGUAGUAACCGAUCUUCAUAAAGCUACCCAGCCGUUAACCGAAAUCCAGCAGACCAACACUUCGUCAGGGGCUGACACAAUUCUUAAAGGUACAAAUGACAAAAAGGAAGCUGCAGCUGGGGGGGAAGAUUCCGCUCAACAGAAAAGAGAACCUGCUGUUGAAGAGACCUCAUCUGAGUUACAUUUUGACUCAUUGAGUGUAUAAAAUGUAGAUAAUUAUAUCCGUAUCCUUUCAUGG